AUGGAGUAUCCCCGUAGAGCUGCGCAGUUCCAAGAAAACUCCCAGCACGGGCGUGAGUCAGCAACACGUGACUACUCGAAAUCUCCUCCUCCCCUUGUGUUGGUCCUUUGCUCUGAGCACCCAGAUUUCCCCGAGCCUGUCGCGCAACUCCGUCCCCUCCCCAUCUCCAUUUUCAUCCCAUCCACUUUUUUGAACGCGCCAUCCCAACGCGCCUUCGAAUUUUGA